ACUACCUUAGCCUUAGCGCUUAACUGUCAACCUUUCAAGAAGGAUCACAUGCCCAGCCAAUCGUCCCGCAAGUUCAAGUUCGCGCUGCUGCUGUGCGGCGCCCCAGUGCAGGCCGUUAUCGACAAGAAGCUCGCGGAGGGCUCGGACGAGACGAUCGGCGACUACUCGCAGAUUAUUCCGCGCUUCUUAUACAUCUCACAUCCGGACUACGACCCGGAGCGCUCGAGGGACGAGUUCUUCGAGGUGGACGCCUAUGAUGUUAGAGACCCGGAGCGAAGGUACCCAGCGGACGACGCGCAGUAUGAUGGGCUGGUUCUUUCGGGAUCUGCCUCUUCUGCGGUGAAUGGCAAGGAGGAAGACUGGGUAAACCACUUGAUCGCUUGGACGCGAGACUUUGCUGACAAGAAGUCAACGCCAAUAUUUGGCAUCUGCUUCGGUCACCAAAUCCUCGCCCGCGCAUUCGGCGCACAAUGUCUACGCUACGAUGAUCCCGGGAAAGGCUGGGAACUAGGCACGACGACGAUCACGCUGCAGGGGGCUGGGCACAAACUCUUCGGCCAAGAGACUGGCACUCUGAAAAUCCAACAACUCCAUCGCGACCAGGUCCCCGGUAAGCCCACAUCAGAGGGCUGGGAGAUCUGGGGGUAUACCGACAACACGGAGAACCAGGGCAUGGUCAAGUACCGGCCCGGCUCCAGCACAUACACGACCCCGACCAAUAUCCACAUUCUUACUGUCGAGGGCCACCCCGAGUUCAACAAGGACAUUCUCGGACCCGUCAUCGACUCCCGGAUGCAGAACGUCAAGGACCCGCAGACGGGGGAGCUGAAGAGUGGGCCUAUCAGCGAGGAGGAGGGACUGCUAGGGAAGCAGAAGAUGAUUGUGGAUGCGGAAGGCAGGAAGAUUGGAUCGCUGUGGUGGAAGAUGCUUGGCGUGGAGGGACCCGGUACGCAAAUCUUCAGCGCAUGACUUGACUCGGCUUCGUCAUUGCCUGUUUACUGCGUGGACUCGAAACCUGGGGAAACCUAGGUUCAGGUAUGUGGAGCGAUACCUGCUUGUGAUACUGUAUGACAAUCUAUAUACAUAUCUACUGAAGGCCAC